UAAUAUUAAUAAUAAUUCCUCACUCAGAUAAACAGCCACGUGAUAUUAUGCAUAAAUAUAUAAUCGACAUUUCUGCCUGAGCAUUUACUUGUCUUUCAAAUUUAACGCUCAAGAUCCGCUUACUAAUCGAAAUCAGCAAGACAGAAGCACAAGAGCGAUUCAGUGUUGGAAAACGUGUUGAACUAUCGAUGCCAAUCAACCCUGGGCAUAAAUUAGCGGCAAAAGAAGCAUCAAAAUACACAAUCAAAACAUAAGUGAAAUUAAUGCGCUGAUAUUUAUUUACUACCAAUGGAAUCCAUAAAUUUUAACGAUUUCUCCGUCAAGGAACGUCACGAGAUAAUCACGGCGUUCCUCAUCAAAAUGCGCAAAGCCAAUUCGAUGCACAGCGCGCACAGUUUCUUUCAAUAUUACCUCAAGCAAUUUUACAAGAUGCCAACCAAACUACUCGACGACAUAAUCUAUUGCCAGCGCGCUAUGAAAAACUAUCUUUCCGUACAUCAGACAAUCACAAAUGUCUUUGCCGGGCAAGCAGACGCCGAUCCCGAGACUAAAAACAAUUACCUACUCGAAAUCGAAGACACUGUGCAUCAGAUCAAUGCAGAGUGCCAAUUUUUGAUGAUUCGUCUAGAAGAGGACAUCGAGAACUUCUGUUUACCCUUCACGGAGCAACAGCUGCAGCCCAACAGCGAUUUGAUCAGCGAAAUGGUCAGUGAAGCUAUUGUCCCGUUGGUCUGCACCAAGAGCCUGUUGCCCUUCAAGCCGCAUACCGUCACAGAGCGGCCCACAGAGAACCAAUUGCUUCGCAAAUACUUCACCAUCGACGCAGACAAGAAGAACUCGUUAGGCACCAAAACGGAGGUCACAAAGCCCACAAAAUCGACAACUAGCGGCAGAAAGAAAAGCGCUGUGAAUGCAGUUGCUGUUGCCGCUCCCUCUGCUGGUGCUCCAGCCGCUCCCCCUGCUCGUGCUCCAGCUGCUCCCCCUUCUCGUGCUGCAGCUCCUCCAGCUGUUGCUCCGCCUAAAUCAAGCAGCAAACAAGCAACAAAGACAACGCCAUCUGAGGAUGCCAGCAAGAGCGAUGCAGUGAAUGCCAGUCGCCUUCAUUUGCAGGCGGCUCUGGAGCGAGCGCGCCUCAAGAAGCAGCAGGUAAACAGCGAAGCCAAAGCACAAAGUCCAAAGGAAUCGUUUCUGCAGUCCUUUGGGCUUUGCACACAGCUGGAGCACAAGCGUAUGCUCCUGGCCCAGGCGCUGAGUCACAAGCGUGUUCGAAAGCCCAUACAGAAUUAGUUAACUCGAUUACAAGUAGAAUUAGAAGUACAAUUAUUAUGUUUGAUAAAGUUUAUAAUGUUAGACAGUUAUAUCCGAAAUUAGAAACUGUUAAGUACUUGACCCAAGCUUUAUGCUUUAAUUAAUCCUAGUUAAACAUUUUGAAAUAUGUGUUCUUAUGUUAAUCUAUAGUAAUUUUCUUAAUUUACAAUUGUCAGCCAAUACACAAUAUCUAAACGUAGUUAAGCCAUGGAAUAUUUACAUUCUCUUAUUUUAUAAUUGUGUAUUAAUGACGAAAAAAUAAAUCACAUUUUAUUUUGUAA